AUGAAGUCUCCCACUGAAAGUAGAGACCCAAAGUUAUACUACCAAUUCCAUGAAGACAUAGGUCAUGAAACCAAGGAUUGUAGGAGCCUGAAAAGAGCCUUAGACGCCUUGGCGGCCAAGGGUCAUCUGAAAAAUUACUUACAGAAGAACACUCAUGGCUCUGGAAAAAGACACUACAAAAAGAACAAGUCACCCACCUCAGUUGGAGAGGGAAAUCAAACUGAUGGGGGAUUCGUGACCGUCAUAUCAGGAGGCCCUGCCUCUGGAGGACCCACCAUGAGGGGACAAAGGGACAACACCAGGAGGUUGGAACAUGUAAUGAUGUCGGGGAAAUUACCAAUGGACACUUUCCCGAGAAUCGAAAUUUGCGAGUCCCAUGGUGGACGAAUAGCUACCUCACAUGAUGACCCACUAGUAAGGCGCAUAUUUGUCGACACCGGAAGCUCGUCCGACAUCAUGAGUGUGGAAUGUUUGAGCUGCCUGGCCCAUGAUCCAAAAACCAUUGAAAAGAUCCAUUAUCCCAUCAUUGGUUACGAAGGAAGCGGCAUACACCCCGUAGGCGUCAUAUCAUUAUCUGUGAGGAUAAGAGGACGCAAUGAUGGUAGAAAAAAGAAUGUGAAUUUCCUGAUUGUCAAGGAUCUUACGGCAUACAACGUCAUCUAG